CUCUAACUUUUAACAAAUUAACAAUAGCCAUUUUCAAAACUUUUCCUGACUCUGAGUCAAAUCGUACCUGCUUCUGGUUAUAUUUACAUAACUAGCCAUUCUUCGUUAUUUCCUACGUUUACAUUCCAUAUUCUCAAAUAAUACAAUUGCGAAACCAUGUCACAAGCACAGAACAUCUUCAGGGCUCCCGAGUCCGAACUGUCGGUCUCACCAUCAGCUGCCACAUUUCACUCCCCGCUAUCCAGCUUUGGCGGGGCAUUUCCCCAGCGAGCUCAGCCGAAGCAACUUAAGCCCUUUAAUACUCAAGAUAUUAAAAUCCUCUUGCUUGAGAAUGUCAAUCAGAGCGGCAGAGAUAUUUUGACUGGUCAGGGUUACCAAGUCGAAUUCCACAAGAGCUCACUGCCUGAAGAUCAGCUCAUAGAGAAGAUCCGGGAUGUUCAUGUCGUUGGCAUUCGCUCAAAAACCAAGUUAAGCGAGAAAGUCCUUCGCGAGGCCAAGAACCUCUUAGUGAUUGGCUGUUUCUGCAUCGGUACGAACCAGGUGGACUUGGAGUAUGCUGCUCAUCAUGGCAUUGCCGUCUUCAAUUCGCCAUUUGCAAACUCUCGUAGUGUGGCCGAGCUCGUCAUUGCCGAGAUCAUAUCUCUAGCCCGCCAAUUGGGCGAUAGGUCCAAUGAGAUGCACAAGGGCACCUGGAACAAAGUGAGCAACAAGUGCUGGGAGAUCCGUGGCAAGACUCUUGGAAUCAUCGGAUAUGGACAUAUUGGCUCGCAGUUGUCCGUCCUUGCGGAAGCCAUGGGGAUGUCGGUUAUUUAUUACGAUGUCGUGAACUUGAUGGCACUGGGCACGGCUCGACAGGUACCCAAACUAGAAGACCUCCUGAGAGAGGCCGACUUUAUAACUCUGCACGUCCCGGAGCUGCCCGAAACCAAGAACAUGAUCUCCGCAGCGCAACUCAAACAUAUGAAAGACGGCGCGUACCUCAUCAAUGCUAGCCGUGGAACUGUGGUUGACAUCCCCGCCCUAAUCAACGCCAUGCGCAGCGGCAAGAUCGCAGGAGCCGCAUUAGAUGUUUACCCGAGCGAGCCGCGCGCAAACGGCGACUAUUUCAUUAACAACCUGAAUGGCUGGGAAGAGGACCUUCGUAGCCUGAACAACAUCAUCCUCACCCCUCACAUUGGUGGUAGUACCGAAGAAGCCCAAAGAGCAAUCGGCGUAGAAGUCGGCGAUGCUUUAGUUCGAUAUAUCAACCUGGGCCUUACCUUGGGCAGCGUAAACAUGCCCGAGGUCAACAUGCGUUCGUUAACGUUGGAGGAGCCCAACCACGCACGAAUCAUCUACAUCCACAAGAACGUGCCUGGUGUCCUUCGUAAGGUGAACGAAAUUCUCGGCAACCACAAUGUCGAUAAGCAGAUUAGCGACAGCAAAGGAGACCUUGCCUAUCUUAUGGCGGACGUUAGUGACGUCCAGACGAGCGAUCUAAAGGAGAUUCAAGAUUCGCUCGAAGCAUUAAGCUCCCGUGUUAUGACCCGCGUGCUGUAUUAGGAAAGGUAACAGUUUGUGGCGGGUAGCAGACGGAUUCGGAGAAUUCUAGUGAUGAGAAGGUGUUGAGCUAAACAAAUAAUUAUUGCAUGACGGGUAUGUAAAAUUCAACUUACGACAAGACGGAUACCCAAGAAAAUUGCAUCAGUACGGUUGGGAAAAGGGGCAUGAGGUUCAACAGAAAAGCCCAAGGCAUAGGUGUAUCAUUUAUUAUAGCAUAAACUUAUCUGGGCGGCUACUUAUAAAGCAUGGUUUUAUUAUAACUCGACGCUCCGGACGUUCCGCUAAGUGUCUUAUAUCUCCUAUUACGAAGAGCCGCACGAAGCUGGUUAGUAUCCACGGAUAUCACCGGUGAGAUGCGGGAAGAACCAGAGGGGGGAAAGAUAUACAGUGCUAUCGAUGCUUCUACUCGAAGUAUUUAACUAAUAAGUUAGUUAAUGGCUUGAACUGUGAGUAGUUUCCCCUUAGAUGGACUUGCCAACUUGUGGCUUGUGCUUGACCCGCGUAAGAAGGAAAGGCUCCGGAUUGCAGAAAGAUGAAACAAC